UGGACCGGGACUCAUUUUGCACGGCAUUUCUUACUCAAGAAGAAGUUGUCCCAAAUAUCAGAAUCAAUUUCAUCCAACAACAUAAUUAUUUUUAACUAUUAAUCGUUCCCUUUGACCAUUUCGAAGUUAAGCCAAGUUUGCGUUCAUCUAGUGCGUCGAAAUGAACGCACCCCCCACCUUUGAAUCCUUCGUGUUGUACGAAGGAGAGAAAAAAAUCUUGGUAGAAUUAGACACGAAAGUUCCAAAUGCAGCAAUAUUUACGAUCAAUAAGGAGGACCACACUUUGGGAAACAUGAUCAGAAUGCAGUUGUUGAAGGACCCUCACGUCCUAUUUGCCGGAUACAAGCAGCCGCACCCCCUGGAUCCCAAAAUCCUUAUCCGAGUUCAAACAACGGCCGACUACACGCCUCAAGAUGCUCUAAAAAACGCUAUCACGGACUUGAUCUCAGAGUUGUCCCUUUUGGAAGAACGAUUUAGGGAUGCCAUUAAGGAAAAACAAGAGGGGAUCGACUAAAGUUGCAUGGCCGACUUUCAGAUGUCUUCAAUUUAUUCUGAUUAUUUGGUCUGGCGUUUAUUAAUUAUAUAAAUAUUUCAACUUUCAACCAGGGCAAAUAUUAUACAAUUUUGUAAUACGUUUAUAAUAUAUGAUAAUAAUGAUAUGAAAGAAACAUCGCGCGUAAAUCUGAUAAUUGAUUGUAUAAAUUUUCAUACAAGGUGUA